UCGUCGUCGUCGCCCUCCACCGCGUCUCUUCUCUUCUCCGCCGCGUUCACGCUCACGCACACGAAACGAAAUCGAGAUCGAAAUCCAAUCCCCCACCGGACCAAACCCUAAUCCCCCUCUCCUCCCCUCCUCCACCACCGGCUCAAACCCUAACACGAUGGCCAUGGCCUCCGAUUCCGACGACGCCGACGCCGAUUUCUUCGACAAGCUCGUCGAUGAUGACGACGCUCAUACUGCCGCCCCUUCUUCUCAACCGGAACCCGACGUCGCGCCCCCUCCCCCUGAGGCUCACGCCGGACCGCCGCCCCAUCAUCCUCCGAAUGCUCCCGCCCCUCAACUCCGUCUCCCUGAGGCUGAGCUGGAGGUUGCGCUGCCACCCAAGGUAGAGGGCGGCUCCGCCAAGGGUGUCCACACUGCCGUCAAGCAGGUUCAGUGGACCGCCUUCGCCAACACCACCGGGGAUGAUCCUUUUGGGGAAUUCAUGCCUGCUGCCACCGAAGAUGCGUUUUUUGGAGGUAAUACUGAUCAGGCCACGCAGCCUUCGGUUGUAGCUACCAUUGGAUCCAUGGAGCACAGCUUCUCCAGUGGAGUGGGUAACGUCGCCAAUUCACACUCCGGAUGGGCCGCUACUGCCACCGAGUUUACGGAUCACAACACCAACCUACACGCAGAUUCCACCUCUGCCGCUGCUGUAGAUUCCACGCCCACCGAUCCCAAGUAUUUAGAGAGCCUCUACCCUGGCUGGAAGUACGAUGAAGCAACGCAACAGUGGUAUCAGGUCGAUACUUACACCGCACAGAGUAAUGCUGACAAUCUUGGCACUUUUGGCGUUGAUAGUGUUCAGCAGCAGCAGCAGCAGUUUGGCAUUUCUUACUUGCAGAACUCUUCACAGGCAGGCUUGGAGACCAUCGCAGAGGAGGGAAGCACCAGCUGGGGCCUGAAUGAGAGCAAUACAGGAGCUACCGAAUAUCCAUCAAAUAUGGUGUUCUACGCUGAAUACCCAGGAUGGUACUUUGAUACCACUACUCAGCAGUGGCACUCGCUGGAGUCAUAUCAGCAAGUUGGCGUGCAGACUACAACUACUGCAGCAGCUUUAGGUGGAUUAGUACAAACCAGUGAUUCUUAUGCAGAUGAUUAUAGCCAUCAGGGACAACCGCAGCAUGUUUCAUUGGGUUAUAACAACUUGGCAGGCAGCUUUUAUGGUUCCAACCAGCAUGCUGAUAAUCAGGUUGGGCAGCAGGCUAAUGUUGAGCCACUGGAAUCUUCUAAUAAUCAUUAUACCAAUAUCAACACAUAUGCGCAUUCUACAAGUCAAUAUACUGGUAGUGAUGACCUCCAAGCAAGUCACAAGGGAUUCGGAUCUUCCACUAGUCAUCAGAGUUCUUACAAGGGUUUUGAACCAUAUACAAGUCAUCAAUGUACUUCCACCGGUUAUCAUAGUGGGUACAAGGGCUCUGAGUCUUCCACAGUCCAACCGGCUAUUCACCAAGGGUUUAAACCAUCUACAAACAGCCAGAAUUAUAAGGGGUUUGAGCCUUAUUCGGGUCAUCAGUCGGGUUACAAGGGAUAUGAAUAUUCUACAGACCAGAUUGGCCAAAAGGAAUUUGGACCUUCUACAGAUAAUCAAGCUAGCCAUGCGGCAUACGGACAGGUACCAAGCCCUUACAGCAGUUUCAACAGUGUUGCUAAGCCACAAGGCUCUGUUCCAACAUCAAACAUGACCCAUGCACAAACACAUGCUGAUUCUGAUGGAUUCAUGCAUUUUCCAAACAACUACUCGAGCACUGGGAACUCCAUAAAUUUUGCUCAGCAGCAGUUCAUCAGUUCCAAUUCCUCACUUGAACAAUUUGGUCACUCCCCUCAUGAGCAGAGGUCAUCAGCUGGACGCCCGCCACAUGCUUUGGUCACAUUUGGAUUUGGGGGGAAGCUUGUAGUUGUGAGAGAGACUAGCUCAAUGUCCACAAACUUCGAUAGUGGAAAUCAGGGAAAUUCAUCUGGCGUGGUGUCAAUUCUUGAUGUGUCCGAGAUCAUUUCUGCUAAAGUUGUUCAUCCUAGCAUCCCUAAUGGCAGUGCACUUGGUUACUUCCAUGCGCUAUGCCGUCAACCUAUUCCUGGUCCACUUGUUGGUGGAAGUGCUGCAGCGAAGGAUGUCAACAAGUGGCUUGAUGAGAUUAUCACAGGCUAUGAUUCCUCUAUCAGGGAGUUCCAGGGAGGGGAUGAUCAGAAGUUGCUUAUUUCAUUGCUUAAAAUAUUGUGCCAACACUAUGGAAAGCUCCGUUCACCCUUUGGGUCUGAUCCAUCGCAGGAGGGUAUAGAUGGCCCAGAGAUGGCCGUGACAAAACUUUUCUCAUCUUGUAAGAGCAGUGAUGCUCAUAAGGGAGAGUACGGAGCCAUUAUUCAUUGCAUGAAAAAUAUUCCCUCAGAUUACCAGAUUCAGGCUACUGCUAAGGAGGUUCAAAGUCUCCUGGUUUCUGGUAGAAGGAAAGAGGCUCUUCAGUGUGCACAGGAAGGUCAGCUUUGGGGACCCGCAUUAAUCCUUGCUUUACAACUUGGUGAUAAGUUUUAUGUGGAUACUGUGAAGAAAAUGGCUUACCACCAUUUUGUAUCUGGAUCACCUUUAAGGACGUUGUGCCUUCUUAUUGCUGGACAACCUGCAGAUGUUUUCAAUGUUGAAAACCCUGUCGACAGCAACUAUGGUAAAUUGCAUAUACCCCAACAGUCGGUAGAGUCUGUGAAUCCUAGGGGCAUGUUGGAUGAUUGGCAAGAGAAUUUGGCUAUUAUAACUGCGAACAGGACAAAAGGUGACGAUCUUGUAAUUACCCACCUUGGCGAUUGCCUCUGGAAAGAGAAAAAUGAGGUUGCAGCUGCUCAUUCAUGCUAUUUAGCUGCAGAACUAAAUAUUGAGCCGUAUUCAGAAAAUUCAAGAAUUUGUCUAAUUGGUGCAGACCAUUUGAGAUGUCCUCGUACAUUUGCCAGCCCUGAAGCUAUCCAGAGAACAGAGGUGUAUGAAUAUGCAAAAGUUCUUGGUAAUUCUCAGUACAUCCUCUUGCCAUUUCAACCAUACAAGCUUAUAUAUGCAUACAUGCUUGUGGAGGUUGGGAAGGUUUCUGAUUCACUAAGGUAUUGUCAAGCAUGCUUGAAGGUGCUGAAAGCAUCUGGCCGUGCACCUGAAUUAGAGGCAUGGAAGCAGUUGUUUUCAUCCCUAGAGGAGCGGAUACGCACUCACCAGCAGGGUGGAUAUGGCACAAAUCUAGCCCCUGCAAAGCUUGUUGGAAAGAUUUUCACAUCACUUGAUAAAUCUUUGUCCCGCAUGAUGGGUACGCAGCCUUCAUCAUUGCCACCAAUGCCACAGGGCUCCUCAACAGAAAGAGAUUCCUAUUCAGUUCCUGCAGCUACAAAUUUUGUGAAUAGUCAGCCAGCGAUGGCUAUGUCUCCUUUGAUGUCUUCUGUUUCGGAGCAAUCUAUGAGUGAAAUGUCAGGAAAUAGUGGCCCUGGCAAGAAAGUCACACAUAACAGAAGUGUCUCUGAACCAGACUUUGGCAGAAACUCCAACCAGGGUGCAGCAUCAGGUAAUGCACAAAGCUCAUCAAGUUCAGGCAGUUCACGUUUCGGAUGGUUGCUGCAGAAGACAAUGGGGCUUGUUUCAAGAUCUCAUCACCAGGCGAAGCUGGGGGAACAAAACAAGUUCUACUAUGACGAGAAGCUGAAGCGGUGGGUGGAAGAAGGUGCUGACAUACCUGCUGAGGAGCCUCCCCUACCCCCACCUCCAACAAAAGCCUCAUUCCAGAACAGUGUUCCAGAUCAGAAUAUGAAUGGCCCAGGCAAUAUAAGUUAUACUGCUAAUGGGAUUUCAGAAGCAAGGCCUUUGAAUCCUUCGGAGCCUAGUUUGGGGAUGCCACCGAUGCCACCUAGCCAGAACCAAUUCUCAGCACGUGGACGGAUGGGUGUCAGAUCAAGAUACGUUGACACAUUUAACAAGGGUGGUGCAAAUGCUGCUGGACCAUCAUAUAGUAAACCAGCCACUCCAUCCAUGAAUCCACUUUCUGGUGCUACAUUCUUUGUGCCAAGUCCAGCUACUGUCGGGUCAGAGCAGAUCCCUGACCCAACAGUCAACGUCCAGCAGGAUCAAUCGUCUUCCUUGGCAGUUAUGAGGGAAUCCUCGGCCUCGCCACCACCAUCAGUACCAUCAGUGCCAGUGCAAUCAAGCAUUCAGCGGUAUCCGAGCAUGGACAACAUCAUGACCCCAUCCGGCAGUGGGAAUGGCAGCUCGUUCUCAAGGUCACGAGCAGCAUCAUGGAGUGGAGCAUAUUCAGAGCAGCUGAGCAGUAAUGCUGUUUCGAGAUCGCCGGAUGGACAACGGACCAUGAUGCAGUCUCCUUUGAUACCUGGACAGAAGCAUUCUCACAGCCGUUCCAGUAGCAACUCAUCCCUACAACUCAAUAAUAAUAAUGGCUUGGGCGAGGAUCUUCACGAGGUAGAGCUCUGAUACCUGAACAAAAGGGUAAAAACAUGAGGUGCGUCCAUACUGUAAUCAAUCCUAUGGCCAUAUGUUUUGUUUUUCCGGUCAUUCUGUAUUUAAUAUCUAUGAUGUCUAGAGAGGAAGCAAAGGAGCGGCGUCCCUUUUCUUUUCUUUUCUUUUUUUUACAUGAAAGAAGCAUGUGGAUGCCGUUGUACAGAUAGAUCACUGCGCGUUGAUUCGAGAUGCCUUAGUGUAAGAUAGAUGAGUUUGCUACUUUCUUUUACCCCUUUAGAGCAUUUGUUCAUUUAUUUAAAAACCUGGACGAUCUGAAAUAAUAAUGCCGUGUGGCUGAUAAGUCCAGAUAGUGUAUAUACCCUGUCAUCCAUUC